ACAUCUUAAGAAAACAAAUUGAUGGACCAGAAAAAAAAUUGGUUCAGGAUGGAGUUUCCCUGUACUGGGAGUCUGUUAAGAACCAGUCCCUGUGUUGUGAAAAUGGGAUUCUCAUCUGUGUUAAACAAGCAGGACUGUGCUUAGAGUCCAAAUGUAGCUAGCCUGGAGCUGGAGCUUUGUGCUGAACAUCGGUGCAAAGCAGAACUGAGGAUGAUUCACAUCCAGUCCUCAACAUGAGGACAGGCCAGCCACCCCUGUAGCCCAGUGUCACACAACUUCCUGGAUGAUUUGUCAGAGUGGGCAGUCACAGAUCCUCAGCCAUGGCUGGGCAAGUUACCAGCUGUUGCUGCCCUGGGGAAGCCUUGGCCCUGACACACAGCUCUAAGCAAAGCGUGCCACUAUCUCUAACAUAAGGUCCCCAUAGUCUGGGUCUUUUCUUUUGCAGUAAAGGCUACUGCCCCUGGCAGAAAGGCAUCUGUCCAGCACUCAAAUAUUAUCUCCAGCAGUUCAAUUCAGCCAUCAUUCCUGGGCCCAGCUUCCCAUUCCUGCUGGGAGGAGCGGCAAUAUAGAUCACUCCUUUGUUUGGUGAGCCUCCUUAGCCAGGAUGUGUCUGUAGCAGGAAUUGCAUGGAUUUAGGGUACCCUUCCUUGCUCCACGUUACUUAGACACAUUCUGAAAGCUAAAUGCUGACUGAGAGCCUCAUUUUCUUUUUGCUCUUUACCUACCCCUGACAGCUCUCAUAACUUAGCAUAGAUUAAUUUGAGCCUCUAAUGCAGAACUAGCCCAUCAUAUUUCAUAUGCAGUUGCUUUUAUCCUUGGUAUUAUGGAUUCAUGAUGUCAUUAAAUUUAUUAUUUUAUUAUACCUCCAGAAUGCUAAAACAUAUAAAACAUUUUCCAUCUUAGCAGAGGUGCCUGGCUUUUCUGCAGAGCAUGUUCUUCUUUUUAAGGAUGUGCAUUUGUGCUUGCACCCUCUUGACAUGAAGGGGCAGAGCUUCAGCAGCCUCUCUGCCAGGGCCUAGGUCAGGCAAAUGCUCUGUCAGCUGCAGCCCAGCUACCAGCCUGCAGUGAAUAGGAUUGUCUGACCUUUGCCUUGUACUCUUAGUUCUCUGCCCACUUCAGGAAAGCAUUACUGCUUGAAGUACUGUUGGUUUUAGAUUUAACUUUUAGGGCUGAUGUGCACCUAUCAGAUGAUGUCUCAGGUCAUCAUAUAAAAUAAUAUCAUUACUAAUGCAGCAAGAUAAUCAUUGCACAUGCAUUACUUGACUAAUGCUGUUUUAAGAAGGAGGAAGCAUAUGUUAUUAAAUUACUAUAAUAGUUAUGUCUAGAUUCAGCCUUUAUUCAUUUUCCAACUUUUUUUUUCCCCCUUUCCCUCUAUAUGUGUUCUCAGACUUAUUUUUAUAAAGCACAGAUAUAACAUGUGACUUUAUUCUUUCCUCUUACUUUUUCCACUACCAUUUUACAUCACUGGUUGUGCAUCAAGAUUCUGCAUCUAAUAUAUUCACCUUAAAUGAGUUAAGUUCCUUUGCUUGCCUUUUUUCCUUCCUCUGGAAAGAUCAGUCACUCACCUCUGCUUGCUUUCAAGGUGAUGAAGGGGUGUAUGUUCAUUAGUCAAACCUGUGUUCAUAACUCCUUAUUUAAGUCUUUAGACUUAAGUCUGUGUUAGGAAGUGAAAUGAGAAAAUUUCUGCAUGGGAAAGCCCUGCUGAGAUAAUUGUUGGCACUCCUUUUGCAAGGUAAGUGGGCUGAGGAGGGGUGGAAAUUUGUACUUGCAAAGGAAAAUUCCCAGUGAUCUUUUCUGAAGGAGGGUUUUAGCCUUCAGAAGGGAGGGUUGUGGGGAUCCCUAAGGGUUUUCAUGGUUGGUAUGGAUUGUAGUAGAAAACACUAGUCAUUGACAGUAAUACAAAUUUAUAAAACAGAUAAAUACCCUAUAUUUAAACUGCAGCCUGCAGAACAGCACAGAUGAAUUUGAUAACUUCUUCUUGUUCUUAAGUGCAAUAUUGAGGGCUAAAAAUCACCUACGAGGAGAGACCAUUUUAUCUACUUGCUGUGGCAAGUGAGACCUGAUGCACAGUUAGUUAUGAAUAUCCCACUAAGAAUCUUUGUUUUACAGUGGUAGGAAAUGAGUAAAAGUGUUAGAGCAGGAGUGCCUGUCAAUUUUAUACACAUGUAUAAAAAUACAUGUAUGGGCAAGUUAAACUGGUCAGGCCACUCCUAAUUUGUGUUGGAAUUUGCUUCUUAUAUUGUCUCAUCCUAAAGUUAGCAAAGUCAUAUCUUGCUUGUCUUGAUUAUAAUGUACUGAACUAUUUGUGGUGAUAGGAGCCAGGCACACCUGUGUCACUGGCUGAGCCAUUUUUCAGGACACAGAUUUUGAUGUGAAGGCUUGCUUUUGCCUCUGCCAGCCAGCAAUGAAGAGCUCUUCUAGGGUGAAGUGUCAGUGAAGAGCAAGUACAACAGUGCCUUCGCAAGUGAGAUGAGAAAUGAAUGCAGUCUUUGGUUCUCAAGGUCUUUUCAACCAUGACAGGCAAAGGGGAAAGCUUGGGAGCUGUUUGGUUCCUUUACUUCCAGCACAGCUACCUUCUGGCACCUCCCUCUCCCAGGUCUGAGGCAGAAGAGGAGGAUGUGGCUCACUGUAUAAAUAAAUCUCAGUGUGUCUUCCUGUGCCCGCACGUGCCAUAGCCUGCACAUGCCACCAACCAUGCCUUGGGUUCUCUCCUAAAACAGUGUUCAGUGAUGCUUUGUGCACAUCAGUGUUGGCAUGGGCAAAACAGUCUCUCUCUCAGAAAAAUGCGCUCUAAAACUGGCUUGUUCCUACACAGCCAGACUCUUGUUUUUCAGCAGGAGCAACUCCCUGACUUCCCACUGCUGUGGAAACCACGGGGCCUCCCAGCUGCCACCUCCCAUGUGUGCCAGACGUGCUGCCAUAAUGCAGACAGUUCUGAGCAGUGGCUGCUGUGUCCCUGCACCUCAGGGCCAGGUGCUGGCUGGGCAGGAAGAUUGGGAAUGCAGUAUUUUUCUCCAUAGGAAUGCACAGACAAGGGGGAAUGAAUCUUGGGAUAUUUCUGUGACUUGCAGGCUGACUGUGCUAAUGCUGGAUGGCACCAUACAGGCAGUGUUGAGUCUUGAGUCUUCUCAUCAUAGGACUGGCCUGCUCUUUGGCCUCAUGUGGUUUUCCAACCAGAUAACAAGCAAGAUGAGGCCAGCAAGCACAUCCAGAUGGGUCUGGAAAGCAAAGCUGCCCCAAGUCCUGUGUUUCCUGAGGAUGUUCUUGAUGCAGGAGAGGGAAGAUCCAGCACACCUACUCUUGACACCACAGAGCAGAAAAUUUUGCCAGGACUUCCUGUCCAGUUAUCUGCAUCAUACAAGAGAUCCAGCAUCCAUGAUGUUUUUUCCUCAGAGAGUGACACUGUAACAAGUCCAUUUGUGACUGCAACAAACAGCUUUCAUUUGUCUAGAAAAGGUUAUGGAGGAUCUCCAUUACUUGCCAAGCUUUCAGAGGAUGCUGUGCCUCAGCCCAGUACUGCAGCUGGAGGAGAAGCUGUUGAUGGGGCCACUGGCACUACAGAGGGGCAAAAAACUCCACCCAAAGAAAUUUAUGCUCCCAGCAAAAUACCAGUUAAAAAGAAACCAAGCAGAACCUUCCCCAGACCUCUGCCCGCAGAAGGGGAAAACAGCUGGGCUGGUAAGCAAGGCAUGAACUACAUGAUCUCGUCGAUGAGUAACAGAGAGGAGGAUAUCGGCCUUGACCGUGAACACUUCAAGAACUUGAAGAAUUUUUGGGAGAAGGGAGCAGACUCGGUGGCAGUGGGGAGCAUGGCAGCAGAGCCAGUCUGGGCAGAGGCAGACAGUUGGGAGUUCAAGCUGUGCCACUCCCUCUCUGUGCAGUCUGGGAAAGGCCAGGAUGCUGAUGAAAAUUAUGGCGCCUUCAUCAAAACAAGGGCCCCCUACAAAAGGACAAUAACGUUGUCUUCUAGUGAGGAGGGGCCAAGCUAUGCCACUUCUGCAAGGAAGGGCUCAGUUUCCAUCACUCCCAGAUCCACUAAUGCCAAGAGCAAAGGCGGCCUGGUUAAAAGAAACAGCUUUCUGAGUGAAAGCAAUGGGAACCUGCUGAUGCCAGAGGAAGAGAAGAUGGUGCAGCACUGCUCCAAGAAAUCCAGACUGCCUGUGCGAGCACCUUCCACCCAACUGGAGUCACCUACCAAGGAUGUGUCUGGGAGCACACUGGAGCCAGGGACGGCUGCGGAGGAGCUGGUUGUGGCAGAAGUGCACAAGCCCACAGUGAAGUCUCUGGCUAGCAAGGUGCAGAUACUGAUUGAGCCUGUGCUCACAGAUGGUGGAAGCGAUGAUGAGAAAGAGGAAAGAUCUGAUUUGGGUGAACCAUCUGGAGAGAGAGAAGCUGUUCAGGGAACAGACUCAGCUGUUUACUCAGAGGAAGACUGGGAUCAUUCUCGUGCUGCUCAGGCACUGGCCCGAGCAAAUAGCAUUAAUCUUGCAAAGAGCAUGGUGAACAUUUACACAACCACAGAGACAUACAAUAAACCUUAUUUGAUACCACAUCAAUUUCUUGAACCUGAAAGAGUCAAAGAACUGAGCAGAUCCUCUCCUCUCCUGUUGUCUGAGACUGAAUCAGACACGGCUUCAGAAAUCAGCUUCCAGUUUAACAGGCACAAAAAGACACCCAGCAUUGGCAGCCACUCAUCCGACAUGGCUUCUGUCUCCUCGGUGAGUGGCAGUGUACUCAGUGUCUACAGCGGCGAUUUUGGGAGUGUGGAUGCCCAAGGAACCGUGGAAUUUGCUCUAGACUAUGACGAGAAGAACCGGGAGUUCCAGGUCCAUGUGUCCCAGUGCAAGGACUUGGCUGUAGUAGAUGAGAAAAAAGGCAGAUCAGACCCGUAUGUUAAAACCUACCUGCUCCCAGACAAAGCUAGGAUGGGUAAGAGGAAAACAUCAGUGAAGAAGAGGACAGUGAACCCCAUUUACAAUGAGGUGUUACGGUACAAAAUAGAGAAAAUGGUAUUGCUGAUACAAAAAUUAAAUCUCUCUGUUUGGCACAAUGAUCCAUUGGGACGUAACAGUUUUUUGGGAGAGAUUGAAAUAGACUUGGCCAGCUGGGACUGGAGCAACAGGAAACUCAACUGGUACCUGCUGAAGCCUCGGAGCCUUUCUGUUGUUAAUGGUGUGGAUCAUCGAGGAGUGAUGAGUUUAUCUAUUAAGUAUGUCCCCCCUGGAAGCCUAGGGCCCAAGAAUCCUCCCUCUGGUGAAGUUCACAUUUGGGUCAAAGACGUCAAGGACCUGCUGCAGUUGCGUCCGUCAGGAGUGGACUCCUUUGUGAAGUGCUAUGUGCUUCCAGACACCAGUAAGAAGAGCUACCAAAAGACCCGAAUCAUAAAGAGAGACACAAACCCUGUUUUCAAUCACACCAUUGUGUAUGAUGGCUUUCAUACGGAGGAUCUGAAGGAUGCCUGUGUUGAACUCACUGUGUGGGAUCAUGAAAAGCUUACCAACCAUUUCCUUGGGGGAAUCAGGCUGGGCCUUGGGACUGGUUUGAGCUAUGGCAUCUCUGUGGACUGGAUGGACUCCACACAGGAGGAGGUGGCCUUUUGGCAGGAGAUGAUGUUGGCUGCCAAUGAAUGGAUCGAAGGAUUGCUGCCAUUGCGCUCACUGGCAGGGAGGAAAAAACUGAAAUAAGCCAUUGUUGGUGCCAUAGAAAUGCCCAGUGUGUUCAUUAGAAUUAGGAAACUUCCUGCAGCAGGGAGAGAGAGACCAUCCAGAGGGCUGCAUCAGGGUAAUAAGGCAAUGAAUGGGCAUCACCUUAGAGAUGUUAAGUAUAAUCCACUCACGGAGAACAUGGAAGAUGCCAAACUGAUGCUGAUUUUUCAAACAUGAUUUUGACCAAGAAAAAACUUAAUUUGCCUUUUUGUUUAAUCAUUUAUGUAUUCAGUAUUCCAUUAAGCUCUGGGAACAUUGGCAGAAGGAAAAGGAGAUAUGAAUACUUUUUCUUUUGCUGUUUCAUGUGCCAUUUUUCUUCUGUACAGAGAUGUAGUUAUACUGAAGCAGUAGCAUGGUAUUAUUCAUACUCCUUGCAAGGGGUCACUUUGUACUUGGUGUACAAUUGCUCCAAGUCACCAGCACAGUUUCAGAAUGGGAGCUUUGCAUUUGUCAUCCUCUUUAAUGUGAGGAAAAUUGAAUUCCAAGGUGCAUCUAAAGGAAGAGAGGACUAAUUGCAGCAGAAAAUGAAGAAAUCUGAGGAGGAUGACUGUGGAGUGCCCCUGCCCAAAGAGGCGGGGAUUUUAUUUUAGGCAAUGUUAAAGUGAGAGGUGUUGCUUUAAGUCCCAAGAAGAGUGGGUUCCACCCCUCUGCCUUGGGGGAUGUGCCCAAUAAACCCAGGAAAAGUUGUUCCACCACAAAAUCCCUCGUGGGGUGCCAGCCCGAGGUGUUCUGCCCUUCUCGUGUCGUGAUUCGUUGUAUUCUGCUGCAUUAACCCCUCCUAUUGUACCCCUGUUGGUUUGUGUCCCUGGGGCUUCUCCCUUGCUGUGUCCCUGUUAGACCCAGACCCUAAACCCCACCCUGGCUCGACCCCAUUAAACCACCACCUUGCCUCUGCUCAGGGUUCUCCAUCUCUGGAUUAUGCUGGGUUAAUUCCUAUGUUGGUGACGCCCUAAUAAAUGGAUUCCUGAGUUUAACUAAAUGGAGACCCAUCGGUGGCUACACCUCUCUGGACAUGAUACUGUUGCAACACGCGAUGCAACAGGUGACAAUGAGGCAUUUGAUAUAUUCAUUUCUUUCUGCUUUAAUAUGAAAGACUGCAGGGAUGCUCUUAGAGAUAGUGGAACUUUGCAAGCAGGGGCUGUUUUCCUGGCUUUCCCACAGGCUUCCUCAGUGACCUCAGGCAAGCUUGUUUGUGAAAGGAGAGUUUGAAUACAAUAUAAACUAAAAUGUUUGCCCAAAUGUAGAAUAUGGUUACACUGCUAAUGGGACUAAUCACACUUUUGCAAUGCCUUGUCUGCAAAACAUUUCAAUAUGAACUAAUGAGAUAGGAGACAGUCUCAUGUUAGCCUGGCAUCAGGGGUCAGGGAUGAAAGGUCAAAACCACACUAGAUGUGACAGGAGGAGGAGAUGUGGAGUAGCAGGAGAUCCUGGGACCUGGUGGGAGAGGUAAGUAGGAAAUGAGUGAAUGUGAAGGGAGUGCAGAGCUAGUUUCUUGAGGGUCUCCUGCCUCUGCUUCCCCUGCUGGCCCUCCAGUCUUCCUUUCACCUGAUGCUUGGUAGUGAGUGUCUGCAGCUGGAAUUUCCCUUUUGCCAGUAGCUUGCAAAAAACCUUUGCAUCUGACACAUUGACCAUAGUGGAGUGGUGUUGUGAAUACAUUUUGAAUUGCAGCUUUGUAAUUUCUAUUUUGGAUGUACAUAUUGUGAUUAAAUAGCAUGUUUUUCUUUAGUAAUCACUUGGUUAUCUUCUACCUAUUUUCAUCAUGUUCUAAAUAACAAAAAAGCAAGCAAAAGAGGUGUUAAAUUUUGUUGUGUCAAAAUGAAGCAUUUUUGCCAAAGGGCAAGGGAAAUGUCAUGAAGAAAUAAUUUUUAUAACUAUCUGACUUUAUAUUUUGGCUCUCUGAUUAUUUUGAUAUUCUUCUUCAGUGGAUUGAUUUUAUUUAACUCAAGCCUACUGUGAAUUUUCAGCAUAGCAAAGAUGGUUGUAAAUAAAUUAAUGGAAAAAUGUACACUUUCCUUUAACAUGUAACAAGACUUUUUCUUUAAAUGGAAACAGCUUUCAUGGGAAAAAAUAAAGAAUUAAAGUGGUUUUGCAGUUGGAAAAAGACAGUACUUGGAAAUGCACUGAACACGGUAAUAAAAGCACUAAGAGAUGCUUAGUGUCCACAGAGUCCACAGAGCAACGGAAUUAAGCAAUGACUGUCUGAUGAAGGAGCUGAUACAUCUGUAAUGUCAGCCCGAAAAUACUUCGUCAGGGGUCCAACCUGACAUGUUUUAUUUACCAGGAUUUGGUCAUUUACUACCUUUGUGGGAUAAAAUAACACUAAUGGGCCUAACUUGAGAGUUUUAAAAAAUAUUAUCUUUACAUUAGGUGCUGAACAUGUGAAUAUUUAUACGUAUGUAUAGCUUACCUACUGCGAGGAGCCCUGGUCGCAGGUGUGGGUGGUGCCUUGUUGCAGUGAAGUUACCCAUGGAACUGCUGCUUUCCUCCUGGGUGCUUCCCUGUCCACAGGGAUAAGGAUAUUACUGCAGGCAGACUUUCUGCUAUGGCUGGGAAAGUGUUUGGUAAUGCCAGGGGCUCUGUCUCAGGUCCAGGUCCCUUCCUGGUGGGUUCAGCUGGUUUCUCUCCAUCAUGAAAGCAGAAUUUACCCACCUCUUCCUCCUCAUGCACCAUUAGUGCAUGGUAAUGUUGCCAAAAGUGCUGUUUGCAUCAAUGGAGCUGGAAAUGGUUGUGUUGGUGUUUCAAAAAAAUUAACAUCUUUUUCAUUGGUGGUGCCAGUAAGGGGAGAAAAAGGGGGUCAGUGGGCCAGUCAUCCCAGCAGAGUUACUUUUAUGAACUUGGCAUGAGACUUUGUGAGACUAUUUUUGUAUUCAGAUUCCAUUGAGGAUUUUUUGUUAAUCUUUUGCUGGCUUGUUUAUUUAAAUUAAGCCCUGAUUAACUUAAGGAGCUUUCUUUGGCAUUUAAUAGUUUAUCAAAGUAAAAGAUUACUCUGCCAAACCUCACACAUUUUUGUCACACAGCUGAUUCUGAGGCAGUAAAAUUUGCUAUGCUCUGUGUUUCACUUACUGUACAGAACGCACUUUAUCAUGAAAUGAUUUAAGAUACAUUUCUUGCCAGUGUCCUGUGCAGAAGCAGAGUAUCUCGUGGGUAUAAGGUUAAUGGCCUGUUUGCAUGUAGUUUAUGAUGCUGACAUUUGUUAUCUGUGAAUGCUGAACCUAACAGAGACUCUGGCCUGUGAGUAUGUGCUGAUGGCAACAAGAGUGGGGUUGUAACUGGUGAAAAAAAAAAGAAAAAACAGAUGGAAAGUUUAAUGACUGUAUUUACUAGUUCUUUGUAGAAUGGGUCAAGCAAAGCUACGUGAAAAGGUGAGACUUUGUGCUGCCAGUGAAUGUGGUUUGUGUCUCUCAUUUCCCUGCACACAAAGGUACCAGUGCCAGUGCUGCAGUGGGAGCUGACUGUGACCCCUGGGCUCUUGCUGGACACAGGAGUGACCCCAGGGACUGACUGGGCCUAGAGAAUGCUGGCUGACAGCCUGGAACCCUCAGGCAUCAUCCUUUUAAUAUCAAACACAAACUUCAUCACCUACACUAGAGCUGGCAGCUGUUUUCCAUGAGGCUUCUGCAUUUGCGAGUCAAUGUACUUUCUUCCAGGUUAUGUCUGAUUUAUAUAACUUUUUCUUGGAAAUCUUUCAGGAUUAAAAAAAAGAGAAAAAGCAAAAUUCUAGAAAACAUUUCUGCUUCAUCAGGCAAAUAUAAUGUGUGGCCUAGGGCCAUUCAAAAUUAUUCAUAUUAAAGGUGUCAGAAACUGUUGAAAAUAGUUUAGAAGCUAACUAAAGAAUAGAAAGAAAGAAUUAUUGAAUCUUGAUUCAAUAUGAUGAGUGUUUCAGCAGAGAUGGAAAGAAGUGGCUGAAUUAAUUACCCAUUACUAAAUAUUUGCCUAGCUUUAUCCUUCACCAAGACAGGGAAAAAAUUGAAGUACUGUAGAGAUUUGGAGAAAAAAAAAUGCUGGCUAAAUAAACCCUCGUAAUAACGUGAUGUGUUGAAAUUAAAAAAUGCUGCAUUUUUGCAGGCUUGUUAAGUCAAAAAUGUAUCAAAUAGACUGGUGUAUCAAAAGCUGAAUAAAUGCAUUUCUGA